UUCCUGUUUCUAGGCAGUGCCUCUCUAGAUCGCUCAACAUGGGGAGCCAGAGAAAGGACAGCUUCCUCUGGGGAAAAGCUCCCUCUCUUGAGUUUACUCCACAUGAGAAGAAGCAGUUGGAAACCAUGAGGAUACACAAGAAUGACGUCCUGGAUGAUAUUCAGAAGCUGAGGCUGGAAAUUGAGAACGUCAUGAGUGAGAUUGAGAACAUGGCUUCUGAUGAGGAGAACAAAUCAGCUGUGCGGACUAAGCGAUUCCUUUGUGGGAAGAAGAAGUUUAACAUGGAUCCAAAAAAGGGUAUCCAGUAUCUGGUGGAUAAUUGCCUAUUGGAAUGGACACCUGAGGCAGUGGCAGAAUUCCUUUAUAAAGAGGACGGCCUUAACAAGACUGCCAUUGGAAACUUCCUAGGAGAGAGAGAAGACAUGCAUCUUAAGAUUCUGAAAGCUUUUGUGGACCUUCAUGAGUUUUCCGACCUGAAUUUAGUGCAAGCACUGAGGCAGUUCCUGUGGAGUUUUCGUCUUCCUGGUGAGGCCCAGAAAAUUGACCGCAUGAUGGAGGCCUUCGCAACUCGCUACUGCAACUGUAAUGCAGGCGUCUUUCAGUCCACUGACACCUGCUAUAUCCUGUCCUUUGCCAUCAUCAUGCUGAACACCAGCCUGCACAACCCCAACGUGAAGGACAAGCCCAACCUGGAUCGCUUCAUCAGCAUGAACCGAGGCAUCAACAACGGGGGCGACCUGCCCAGCGACCUCCUCACGAAACUGUACGAGAGCAUUCACAAUGAACCAUUCAAAAUCCCUGAGGAUGACGGCAAUGAUCUCACACACACAUUCUUCAAUCCAGACCGAGAGGGGUGGUUGCUAAAAGAGGGGGGCAGGGUGAAAACGUGGAAGAGAAGGUGGUUCAUUUUGACCGACAGCUGUCUCUAUUACUUUCAGUACACUGCGGACAAAGAGCCUAAAGGGAUAAUUCCAUUGGAGAACCUCUGUGUGGAUGAGGUGGAGGAUCCUCAUAAGCAGUUCUGUCUGGAGCUGUCCAGCCCCCAGGGGAAGAAGAUCAAGGCCUGCAAGACUGAGACGGAUGGCAAAGUGGUCAUGGGGAAGCACCAGUCCUACCGCAUCAGCGCGUCCACCGCCGAGGAGAGGGACGAGUGGAUCAAGUCCAUACGGGCCAGCAUUACUAAGGACCCCUUCUAUGACUUGGUGUCAGCACGCAAAAAGAAGCUUGCCAGCAAUGUGGAAACCCAUGACUGAACACCUCAAGACCAAAUAGCCCUACUUGCUUAGAGGUCACCACGAGGGGGCCUCUUGAGCUGUUAAUGUUUGUAGAUUAAAACCCACAGGUGUCAAACCAGUCUGUGCUUGAAGAAGUGCUUCCGGAAGGCGCCAUGAUGCUAUUUUAGCCUCCAGCUGAGAGGACAGAGGUACUGGAAGUGAUGGUCAGCACUAGAGGUGGAAAACAAGUGGCGUGAUGUUUCACAGGUCUCACCCUCACAAUUUGCCACCUCAAAAGUUCUCACAGUUGCUUGUGAAUAGAAGCUAAAUUGGGGUGAUCUAGACCUACACAGCUCUCAUAAUGUACUGUUCUUGGAACGCCAAAGCUACAAUUUCUAUACUAAAGUGACAUCAUGAAGAAUGUUAUUUUUAAUUUAUUUAACCAUUUUUGGAAAAUGCUAAUGUUGAUCUUUUUUUUGAAGGAUUCUAUCUUGGUAACGUAAAACAUGUUUUCAAUGGGAUAAUGUCAAAUAAUUGUAUAAAUGUCAAAUAUUGUCAUGACUGUAUAAAAGUUUUUUAAUCAUAUUUUACAGUCAGCAAUGUAUGUAAAUAAGCUGUUUACAGGGGGUGUUAUGACAUCAUCCCCAAAAUGUCAUUAAUUUUUGUACAUAAUUAUUGGUUUAUUUAAUAAAUAGAUAUAAAUGAC